AUGACACUCGGAGCUCUGGUGUUCUUCGCUGCUGUAUUGGCUGUGAUUUGCGAUGCCAGGAGUUUGAAUGAAACGCUGUUCAGAUCGUCCGCAAUGGAGAUCAAUGUGAUCAAUGCUAGCGAGUGGCAGACCGGAAGGGGAACUUGGUAUGGUCCUCCCCUUGCGGGUGCCUGUGGGUAUGGCGAACUUGAGGGGACUCCUUACGAUUCCAAUAUCGUCGCCAUAGGAAGCGAGAGCUUUAACGAUGGCCUUGGUUGUGGAGCUUGCUUCGAGGUAAGGUGUGUCAAUGACACGAAUUGCCGAGAGGAGCCCACGACUGUGGUGGUGGUGACUGACGAAUGCCCAGAGUGUCCCGCGGACCAGCUAGACUUCAGCGGCACAGCGUUUGAGAGCCUCGCAAUAGAAGGUCAAGCCAACAUCACCUUCGAAGUUGUGCCCGGAUCAAACGAGUUUUGGAUCGCGUUCUUGGUGAAGUAUGUGCCAGGAUACGGGGCGCUUCAAAGCGUGGAAGUCCAGAGCAGUGGAAGCAACACUUGGGAGAACGCCGCUCACCUGUGGGGAGCGGUGUGGCAAAUCGAUGGCCCUUUGACAACUCCAACUUCGGUGAGGGUGACGACCGUGGGUGGCGAAGUUGCCACUUGUGUUCUAACCGGGAUCACGAGCUGGUCGCCUGGAGAAACUUCUACUUGUGGUGAAAGUUGA